GCUGCGGCGGGAGCUGAGCUGAGUUCGCCGGCGGCACCUCCCCACCCCGCGGCGAGGCUGUAGCCGAACGCACCGCCCGGGACCAUGGGGAGCAGCAAGAGCAAGCCCAAAGACCCGAGCCAGCGCCGGCGCAGCCUGGAGCCCACCGACAACGCCCACCACGGGGGGUACCCGGCCUCGCAGACGCCCAGCAAGGCGGCGGCCCCCGAUGCCCACCGCACCCCCAGCCGCUGCUUCGGAACCGUGGCUGCCGAGUCCAAACUCUUUGGAGGCUUCAACAGCUCUGACACGGUCACCUCUCCGCAGCGCGCCGGGGCACUGGCUGGUGGAGUCACCACCUUCGUGGCCCUCUAUGACUACGAGUCCCGGACCGAAACAGACUUGUCCUUCAAGAAAGGAGAGCGCCUGCAGAUCGUCAACAACACGAGGAAAGUGGAUGUCAGGGAAGGUGACUGGUGGCUGGCUCAUUCCCUCACUACAGGACAGACGGGCUACAUCCCCAGUAACUAUGUCGCGCCCUCAGACUCCAUCCAGGCUGAAGAGUGGUAUUUUGGGAAGAUCACUCGCCGGGAGUCCGAGCGGCUGCUGCUCAACCCCGAAAACCCUCGAGGGACCUUCCUGGUCCGGGAGAGUGAGACCACGAAAGGUGCCUACUGCCUCUCUGUCUCCGACUUCGACAACGCCAAGGGCCUCAACGUGAAGCACUACAAGAUCCGCAAGCUGGACAGCGGUGGCUUCUACAUCACCUCCCGCACCCAGUUCAACAGCCUGCAGCAGCUCGUGGCCUACUACUCCAAACACGCUGAUGGCUUGUGCCACCGUCUCACCAACGUCUGCCCCACGUCCAAGCCCCAGACCCAAGGCCUUGCCAAGGACGCCUGGGAAAUCCCCCGGGAAUCGCUGCGGCUGGAGGUCAAGCUGGGCCAGGGCUGCUUUGGAGAGGUGUGGAUGGGGACCUGGAAUGGCACUACUCGAGUGGCCAUCAAGACACUGAAGCCUGGCACCAUGUCCCCAGAGGCCUUCCUACAGGAAGCCCAGGUCAUGAAGAAGCUCCGGCACGAGAAGCUGGUUCAGCUCUACGCCGUGGUUUCAGAGGAGCCCAUUUACAUUGUCACCGAGUACAUGAGCAAGGGGAGCCUCCUGGACUUCCUGAAGGGUGAGAUGGGCAAGUACCUGCGGCUGCCCCAGCUCGUGGAUAUGGCGGCUCAGAUCGCAUCCGGCAUGGCCUACGUGGAGAGGAUGAACUACGUGCACCGGGACCUGCGGGCAGCCAACAUCCUCGUGGGGGAGAACCUGGUGUGCAAAGUGGCCGACUUUGGCUUGGCACGGCUCAUCGAGGACAACGAGUACACCGCUCGGCAAGGUGCAAAGUUCCCCAUCAAGUGGACGGCCCCUGAGGCAGCUCUGUAUGGAAGGUUUACCAUCAAGUCAGACGUCUGGUCCUUUGGCAUCCUCUUGACCGAGCUGACCACCAAGGGCAGAGUGCCGUACCCAGGGAUGGUGAACCGGGAGGUGCUGGAUCAGGUGGAGCGAGGGUACCGCAUGCCCUGCCCGCCCGAGUGCCCAGAGUCCCUGCACGACCUCAUGUGCCAGUGCUGGCGGAAGGACCCGGAGGAGCGACCCACCUUCGAGUACCUGCAGGCUUUCCUGGAGGACUACUUCACCUCGACAGAGCCCCAGUACCAGCCCGGCGAGAACCUAUAGACCCGGAGUUCCUCCUGGCACCAGGGACGCUGCCGUCCUCGCCACAGGGCACCGAGGGCUGGCCUCCCCACCGAGGGGCUGUUUCUCUGGAGCAGCCCUGGAGCAGGACGGGGCAUUGUCUGCAGAUGCAGCCAGGGGAGGUGCUGGGUGCCCCCAUUGCUC